AAUGUCAACUCUCUCUCUCAUUCUCUCUCUCUUACAUAGGUGGUGACUGUCUCUUCUUCUUCUUCAUUUUGGUUCCACCAUAAAUUAACCAAACUCCAUUCACACCAUCGAUCUCCUCCUUUUAUGAACCAUCGCUUCAUAUCUGUGUGUUGUUACUUACUUCUUUGACAGAUGGGGAAUGGAGUCACCACUUUGAGCCCCUGUUGCACCGGCACCGUCGCCGGAGAAAUCUCCCGGCGAUACGAUGUAUCUCUCGUCCACGACGGACUCGGCCACUCCUUCUGCUACAUACGACCGGACGUCACCGGAGUAGCAGUGUCGCCUUCUUAUACGCCGGAGAUUCCUCUCCGAUCAGAACCUAUCCCAGAAACCACCACUUUCCGAUCGAUCUCCGGCGCUUCGGUCAGCGCGAAUCCGUCAACAGCUCUCUCCGGUUCUGCUUCGUCGGAUUCAGACUGUAUGUACAGCUCAGCCUCCGCGUUCGAGAGCUCUGGUAACUUCGCGUCUCUCCCUCUCCAGCCUGUGCCGCGCGGCGGCUCCACGUGUCAGUCGGGUCCGAUUGUUAACGAGCCGGGUCACGAGUCGGGUCCGUUUGAGAGGAGGUUCUUAUCGGGUCCGAUCGAAAGCGGGUUGUAUUCGGGUCCGAUAGAGUUUAUGAAAAAGAAUAAGACAGAGAAGGAGAAACCGAUGAAGAAGAAGAAGGUAAGAAGAAAAGCCUCACCGGAAAAACCUAAACCGAAGAAAAAGAAGAACUUUCUCACAUUCAAAGCCUUGUUCACCAAUCUAAUCUCCAACAAUAAACCUAGCUCGAAGAAGAGUGUGAUCGAGCCGAUCAACGGUUCUGAAUCACCAGACUCUGAUCGUCAUCAUGAACCUGAGAUUGUCAACGAGAAUCCUAAACCUGAUCACAAGCGAGAAGCUAAAGAAGAGGAAGAAGAAAAGAACAAAUGCUCUGUUUUGGAUGUUCAAUGGGCUCAGGGGAAAGCAGGGGAAGAUCGUGUACACGUGGUCGUCUCUGAAGAAAACGGAUGGGUUUUUGUCGGAAUCUACGACGGUUUCAGCGGUCCCGAUGCGCCGGAUUAUCUACUCAACAAUCUAUACACCGCCGUGCAAAAGGAGCUCAACGGGUUACUCUGUAACGACGAAAAGCUCAGAACUUUAGGACAAAACGGUGACACUCAAAUCGGAAAACGUUCCGACAAGGAAGAUUCGGAUUCGGGCAAAGAGAAUUUCCCUGUAACGACGAACAUUGACGCGGUUGCUUCCGGCGCAAGAAACCAAGAGAAGAGUGUGAAAUGGAGAUGCGAGUGGGAGAAUAACGAUACCAAAUCUGACAACGACUGUGAUCAGAAAGGAUCAAACUCGACGACAACAAACCACGGAGAUGUCCUGAGAGCUCUUGUGCAGGCUUUGAGGAAAACAGAGGAGGCGUAUCUAGAGCUAGCUGAUACGAUGGUUGAAGAGAAUCCUGAAUUGGCAUUGAUGGGAUCAUGCGUCCUCGUGACGUUGAUGAAAGGAGAAGAUGUUUAUGUCAUGAAUGUUGGAGACAGUCGAGCGGUUUUAGCGAGGAAGCCUAAUGUGGUGGUUGGAAGCAGGAGGCAGAAGGAGAUGGAGAGAAUCAAGGAAGUUAGAGAAAUGUUUAUGAAUGGAGCAAUAACGCGUAAUAGUUUGGUUCCUCUACAGCUUAACAAAGAACAUAGCACACGUAUUGAAGAGGAAGUGAGAAGAAUCAAGAAGGAACAUCCUGAAGAUGAUGGUGCAAUAGAAAAUGAUAGAGUUAAAGGUUAUCUUAAGGUUACUCGUGCAUUUGGAGCUGGAUUUCUCAAACAGCCUAAAUGGAACGAUGCACUUUUAGAGAUGUUCAGGAUCGACUACAUCGGGACAUCACCGUACAUCACAUGCUCUCCAUCUCUAUGUCAUCACAAGCUAACGUCACGUGACAAGUUCUUGAUCCUCUCUUCGGAUGGGUUGUAUGAAUAUUUCUCUAAUCAAGAAGCCAUUUUCGAGGUUGAAUCUUUCAUCUCUGCUUUUCCUGAAGGCGAUCCAGCUCAACACUUGAUCCAGGAGGUCCUCCUACGUGCUGCCAACAAAUAUGGUAUGGAUUUUCAUGAACUGUUGGAAAUACCACAAGGAGAUCGUCGGAGGUAUCAUGAUGAUAUCUCUGUGAUUGUUAUCUCACUUGAAGGAAGAAUAUGGAGAUCGUCCAUGUGAAUAUUGUUAUUAUUUUUUCAUGAAUUGAAUCCUUUGAAGAACUAAUUCCAAUAACUCGGUUUGUUUUUUUCUUUUUCCAAUUUGAAUUUUUCUCACAAUAUUUUUCAUUUGAUGUAUUUAUUUUUACCUAAAUAGUUUAGUGAACAAAAGCGAACCAAAGUGGGCAUAUACAUAUCUUUGGCUUUUCUUGGUUUCCUU